UUAGAAAUGUUGCGCAAACGCUAAUUCAGAGUUUUGUAACCCGUCACAAACAAAGCGUUUCGAAUUUCCCGCAGUCCGUCAGCGGGCACGUGAUUGCGAUUCGCAAUCUGAUUGGUUUUGUCGCAGCGUCAGUUUUAAAGAACCUCCACGAGCUGCGUUUGUAUUGGCCAGCUGUGUUCUAGCGCCAAGAUCUCAACAAAAAGUCUGAACUCAGGGAAUCAAAAUGCUUUCUGCUCGCUCUCCUCUUUCCGUCAAGAGUGAAAACACACUCAGCGGUGCGAUCGGCAGCAUGUCUCUGGACAAAGAAAACACGCCUCCGAGCCUGAACACGACCCGCAUCUUGGCGUCUAAAGCCGCGCGUAAAAUCUUCGACGAUCCUGCGCCCAGAGCCGUGAAGAAGAGCGGCAGCGAGGAGGAGGAGGAGGAGCCGCUGCUGAAGGAAAACCCUCGUCGCUUCGUCAUCUUCCCCAUCCAGUACCACGACAUCUGGCAGAUGUACAAGAAGGCCGAGGCUUCGUUCUGGACCGCAGAGGAGGUGGAUCUGUCCAAAGACCUGCAGCACUGGGAGUCUCUGAAGGACGAGGAGAGGUACUUCAUCUCUCACGUGUUGGCUUUCUUCGCUGCCAGCGACGGCAUCGUCAACGAGAAUCUGGUGGAACGCUUCACCCAGGAAGUGCAGGUGACGGAGGCCAGGUGUUUCUACGGUUUCCAGAUCGCCAUGGAGAACAUCCACUCAGAGAUGUACAGCCUGCUCAUCAACACCUACAUCCGAGAUCCCAAAGAGAGAGAAUACCUUUUCAACGCCAUCGAGACUCUGCCGUGUGUGAAGAAGAAGGCCGACUGGGCGCUCAACUGGAUCGGCAACAAAACGGCCAACUACGGAGAGCGUGUGGUGGCCUUUGCCGCCGUGGAGGGAAUCUUCUUCUCCGGUUCCUUCGCUGCGAUCUUCUGGCUGAAGAAGAGGGGCCUGAUGCCCGGCCUGACCUUCUCCAACGAGCUCAUCAGCAGAGACGAGGGUCUGCACUGUGACUUCGCCUGUCUGAUGUUCAAACACCUGGUGAAGAAGCCGCCGACAGAAACCGUCACCAGCAUCAUCAGGAACGCCGUGGAGAUCGAGCAGGAGUUCCUGACCGAGGCUCUGCCCGUGAAGCUGAUCGGGAUGAACUGCGAGCUGAUGAAGCAGUACAUCGAGUUUGUGGCCGACAGACUGAUGCUGGAGCUCGGCUUCACAAAGAUCUACCGAGUGGAGAACCCCUUCGACUUCAUGGAGAACAUCUCUCUGGAGGGAAAGACCAACUUCUUCGAGAAGCGGGUUGGCGAGUACCAGAGGAUGGGCGUGAUGUCGGGCCCCACCGACAACACGUUCAGGCUGGACGCCGACUUCUGAGGGGCGACGUGGGGUCUGAAGUGGUGAAUUUUUGGACUUGUUUUUAUUUAUUUCACAGCUGUUUGGAAUCAGAAAUGAGCUCUUCGGGCAGUUGUCACACUGCAGACCUGGGAUCAGUUCAGAGGAGGCUUCCGAUGUGGGAAAGACUCAUUAACCUCAUGAGUUAACCUCAUAACGUCUGCACCAGAAACUUGAUUUUAUAUUUUCUUUGUACACUAAUCUUCUUUGUUUUAUAAAAUCUACUGUUUUAGUUUGUUUUGCAACAUUGAUGUGGUUUCUUCUGUACAGUUGUUUAGUUUUUGUAAUAAAGUGUAAAACUGU